AUGAAAACGAUAGUCUCGAAUCGCAAUGCCAGUAGCUCCGACAUCUGCGCUUCAGCCGAGCCUGCGAUCGCGUGGGAAUCCCAGACAGUUGGACUCGCUGCAGCAUCUCGUGUCUUUGUUGUUUUGGUAUCGUCGACUUGUCGCAAUUGGCAUGUGAGCAGCCAUCAGCGGGCCAUACCCGACCAGGGCGGGAUCUCCAUCUCGGAUCCGAAUGCGGACUUUGUGAACCUGGCCAAGAGGACGGAGGCGCUCAUUUUACUCAAUCCUGGAGUACGCCGAAACCCGCGUCAGCGCAUCACCCAGCACGGCAGGAGAACCGGGGAGGAGGAGGAGCCUCUUGUCAAUCACAUGUGCCGAAACGGCGCAACCGUCCCCAAUUGCACGGAGAUUCUUGAUCGAUGA